UUAUUGUUAGUAUAACUGAGUCAUUGGUACCUGAGCUAAAAGUGUCCUUGACGAGGUCUGUGGUGUGGCAGUGUGUUGAUGUAUUAGCUCUUCUCGUGUUGAUUUUGAUUGCAGAGAAACUUGGGAUAAGCAGUAUAGCUAUGUGAAAAUCUGAAUCUUAUUCCUCACCUUCAGGCUGACAGUAGAUUUGAUAAAGUGUCAGAGGUUAUUCACAAUUUCCUAUUGGUAAUAAAUAACUAAUGUGCCAUUUUGUAUGAUAUUGUAAGUUGUAGUUGUUGAGUCAGAUGAGAGCAGUGGAAAGAGGAGAGUGGAGAAAAUGUAAUGUAUUUUCCCAGUCAUGCCUCUUUUCUGCAUGUCUACUGGCAUUAAUGAUUGCUCUUUAAAUUUAUACACACAUUUUAUGUUCUUCUGUCUUCCAAGUUUCUUUUUAUCUGGAAAUGAGACAGCAGAUGAUGCAUAAGACUAAUGUCAUAGACGUAUCCUUAAAUCUUUGUCAGUGUUGUUAUUUUGAAAAACAUGAAUAGAGUCCUUAAAAGUUAUUCUACUGAACAAUUUAAUUUGCCCCAGUUCAGGAAAAAAAACAACAUUCUGCACAAUCCGGUUUUCCAUGUUUCAUCCAUCUUUUUAAAAAGAUAAAUAGAUGCUCUUGCCAUGUGGAUGAGACACUUUUUGGUGUUGCUCAUAAAUGACCCAUGCUUGCCCACAAACAGGUGUGGAGAAUAGUUUCUGCACCACAGCACCUGCCGUCUGACUUUUCUUUGGCGGGAGUAACCAUUCAGUCCCAACUUCGCUGCUCAGAUGGAAUUAAAUCAAGGUUUCCCCUGCGACUGCCAUGAAAACACAGAUUAGAGCACAGCUGAGCAUUACUCCUAUCCUAUGCCACAUUACAGGUUUUUUUCAGGCAUUUGGUGAUAAAUGAGACAUCCCUUCCUUCUUAAGCGACAUUGAAUGGACAUUUUGUAAUAAGCAAGGUGAGAAACAAACAGUAAAAGCAAAAUUCCUGUUUGAGAUUUUCUAAAGGGAACAUUUUAAUGGCUAUAAACAUCUAAAUGUUGAAGUUUUUGUUCAUAACCUGCAAGCCAGAUUUUGCAAACUAACAACACAAAUUGCCAUAUGGUUUUUAUAGUUGUUUCCAUGCUACCCACAUAAAUACUAAGGUAAGGGCAGCUCUAACAUCUGUUGGAGUGCCCAUAAGUCUAUGAAAAAAAGAAAAAAACUAUUCAGGUUUGGGAACAACAUAUGCUGCCUUGUUUUUCACAAAAUGCUUUAUUAAAGUUUAUUGGUCAGGCAAUGUUUUAUUGGCUGCGUUGCUGUUUGAAAAUGCUUGAAAUUGUAAAAGCAUACUAUAAAUGGAUAAAUUAGUUUAAUUCAAUUGUUUUUCCUUAUUCUUUUUUUAGAGCACAGUGAAAAACUAGGAUGUAAAAUUCAAUAGUUUUGAAAGAAUAGAUGUUCUUUUAUUUCUUUUAGAUGUAAUUUCUUCUUUUUUCACACUCAAUCAUUACAAUGUAGCUAGUUAUUAUUUUUUUAAAAUUCACAUAAAUUAGCACAAAAGAACCAUAGUCAUUGUGGUAUCUGGGAUAUUGACUGAUUUCAUAUUUUAUUUUCCAGCAAUGUCAAUAGGCUAUACAAUGCUAAGUGUGCCUUGUGUUUUAGUAUUUUUAUUAGUCUGUAGUCACAUUUAUUUAUUUCAGUUUUAAUUUUUGUUUUCUAGAAAUCCGCUAAGAAAAUGAUUGGUGAACAAAAGCUGAUGAUUUUAUGCUUUUGCUGAUUUCACUGACUCUGGUUAGUUGCAGGAGGCUUAUUAAAAGCCAAAUUUUCUAAUUAGUGAACUCAAUAUGGGAUGUGCUGACAGUAGUUGUGAGUGUAAAAGCUCGUACUGACGGAAAAAGGCUCUCAGUGAACAAUUUUCAGAAUCAGUGAAGUCAAAGGAAGCACAAAAGCUGCAAGAAGCCUUUAGAAAGGAAGCUUUUCUGUAGAGGGUUGUUGGCUUUCCCCCAGGCUGCUACUAUUAAGUAAGUGAGACUUCAUCCGUUUGCAGCAAAGUUUAUCAGUUUUUUUCCCUUUGGUAAUGCCAAAUCUGUCUGCCUUGGAACGUCUAGGAUUUCUACGUUUUACUCUUAUGGUGUACUCUCUGUUUAGGGAAUACAUACUUAACAAUGCUAUUUGUCUUUGUUUUGAAAUAAUUUGUAAAUUCUGAUUAACUGCAGAGCUGUGCAACUAUGAAUACUCUCCAUCACACACACACAUUGUGACAUCAGCUGUGGUUCUACUUUAAUGACCUAUAAUUAAUGAGUCGUUUAAUGGGAUGAAUUAAACUAAAUGUAAUUCUAUUUAGUUGUAUUUAAUUUGUACAGAUAUCUUUGUCCCUUAACGUGGAAGACUUUUUUGUUAGAUUUUUUGUGAUGAAGAGCUUUUUUUCAUCUAUAAUGUAAAAAACAAGUUUUAUUGUUAUAGUUCUUAGAGAGAAAUUGGAAUUGGCCGGUAAAAGGUUUACAAAAUCCAAGAUUUGAAAUUUGCUUCAGAAUUUCUGAACACUGCAUUUCUACUGUUUUUCCAAUUCCCCAUUUUUCCCCCGUCUUUCCUUUUUGGCUGCUUGGGUUCAUUGUUUCAGUUUCUGACAUUUUACUUUAUGAUUUAACUUUCAUCCAUGCCCUCUAAAACGUUUCUCUCAGCUACAUCUUGUGACUUGAGGAGAUGAUGCAAUAUGGUGUUAAAAAUGUCUAGAUCUUCUGUAUAUUUUACAACCAGUGGCCGUCUUAAUUAUUGUCAUGAACCAGAGGAAAGAAUUGCAAGUAACUAACAACAUUAUAAUGGAGAAUAUUUUAAAGAAAUUCAAAAAUAUGUGCCACAGUUUUACUCAGAAAUACAAUAUUUAUUAUUUUAGCCCCACUUUUAAUAAUUGAGGAAUAAAUUAACCAAACUCUACAAUACUUAUCUGACUUUAGAGAUUAUUUGUCAUUUGUAUUGUUGUUCUUUGAGUGAUUUCCUAUUCAGCGCUCUCUGUGUUUCUCCGUGAAGCAAGACAAAAGAAUAAUCUAUUGCUGGUGUUAUAGAAACCUUUGCUUUUUAUCUCUGUUGUUUUAAAAAGAGCGCAGUGUUUGUAUUUGCAAAGAAAGACUUGAAUGAACUCCAGGUCAUGUGAGGUGUCAUGGUAAUUACUUUUCUCCUCCUCUCUUUGUUUUAGCCACUUUCCUCUUUAUCAUGUUCACUGGAGCGAAGUCAUGACUUUACUCAACGAGUCCGAAGAGACCACCUCUCUCUCCGCUCCUCUCUCCUCCCUUAGGAACAAUUUCUCAGCCUUUUUCACACCUGACACCUCUUAUUCCCCUGUAUCCUAUCCCCCCUCCUCCUCCUCUUCCUUCCUGCUGACAUCCUCCAACUGCACCGACUCUUCAUCAUCUUCCUCACCACCGUACAACUUCUACGCUGUGCUGUUAGUCCUUCUAAUCUUUUGUGUGGUGUUCGGCAAUGUGCUGGUGUGUGUGGCUGUGUCUCGGGAGCGUGCCUUGCAGACCACCACCAACUACCUCAUUGUCUCCCUGGCCGUGUCCGAUCUGCUGCUGGCAACCCUGGUCAUGCCUUGGGGUGUUUACCUAGAGGUGGUUGGAGAGUGGCGCUUCAGUCUAAUUCACUGUGACAUCCUGCUCACUCUGGACGUCAUGAUGUGCACCGCCAGCAUCCUCAACCUCUGCGCCAUCAGCAUUGACAGAUACACAGCAGUAGCGAUGCCGCUGCUCUACAACACCAGAUACAGCUCCAGGAGGAGGGUGGCUGUGAUGAUCGCUGUGGUGUGGUUUCUCUCUUUUGCCAUCUCCUGCCCUUUGUUGUUUGGACUGAACAAUACAGCCAGCCGGGAAGGCACCACAUGCAGCUUCGCAGAUCCGGCAUUUGUGAUCUACUCCUCCGUCGCAUCUUUCUACGUACCAUUUAUCGUAACGUUGUUGGUGUAUGCCCAGAUCUGCGUGGUGUUGCGUAAACGUGGCAGACGCACUGCCCCACCGCGUAAACAAGGCUUGCUGACACAAGGUGGUCCUGGAGCAGCAGAGAGUCGACAGCGGAAGAAUAAGUGCACACAACCAGAAGAUGUGAAACUGUGUACCCUGAUCCUUCGGCCUGCCACUGCAGGUCCUCAACGAAAGAAAGUGAGCCUUGUGAAGGAGUCUGUGGUUCAUCCCCUCGAAGUGGAGCCGGGUCUGUUCCUACCACAGUCGGAGCAGAAUCUACCGCCUCCCAAUGCUCCACAGCUUUCCAAUCAUUCACUACAGUCUAAGAUCUCACUCUCCAUCGCAGUAGGGCCGGCUCCGGCUCUUCCCUCAACCGUGGCGCGAUCCGCUCUGACGCCCCGUCCCCCCACCCUCGAGGAUGGCAUGAGGGGUCGAGAGGGGUGGAGGGAACGCAGCAGAGGCAGAGAGAAAUGGGGCACCACUAAGGAAAGGGUGAGAGGGAGGCUCUCACAGCAGAAGGAGCGGAAGGCAACACAGAUGCUGGCUAUUGUGCUGGGUGUGUUCAUCAUCUGCUGGCUGCCUUUCUUCCUGACCCAUGUGCUAAAGGCCCACUGCAGGAGCUGCUGCAUCUCACCUUCUCUGUACAGUGCCGUCACCUGGCUUGGAUAUCUCAACAGUGCUGUAAAUCCUGUCAUCUACACAACUUUCAACAUUGAAUUUCGCAAAGCCUUCAUCAAGAUCCUGCACUGCUAGCCCAGACUAAAAAUGCAUCAGUUGUCAAAAUAAAUAAAUAAGAAAACAGGUUGUGGGACUUAGGAAGAGAUUGCAAAGGUAAAAAUACUCUGUGACAGUUUGAUUCUGAGAGGAACUGAGACUAUGAUCUGUGUGACUUGGAGUCAUAGAGAUAAAGAUUUUUUGGAAGGCUUGAAAAAAAAAUUGAACCAGCGCCUCAGACAAGACUAAGCCACAGAGAGAAAACAAUGUUUAUGAAACCAAUGAUAGCAGGCACAAACUUUCCUUCAAAAAGUAGUUUGUGACAAGUGGACGACAGCGACAAGAAAAAUAACAAAGGUGGCGAUAUGUACAGUAAAGGAGACAAAAAUACUGUGCAAUGCGUCUAUAUUCUGUAAAGGCAAUACGUUCAGACAUGUGAUCAUAUUUCAUCAUUCUGACACAGACUCCACAUUUGUGGAUUUCAGUGCAACAGUACUGUUUCCUGAGUACUCAAACCUUUGAUUUGUAUUUGACCAAUUCUGCAACAUUAACUUGUGACAACAGGCCUUCUCUCAAUGUGUUUGCAUGUGCUGGUAUUUCUCACAUGACAGGAGCAAAUAAAAUGCACAAGAAAAGGAAAGGAAAUACUCAAAAUUUGUUUUUGUUUAAUUUUGUAUUGGUGAAAUGUUUUUGGAAACCUACUUUGUUUACUAAAUAUGUGCAGUCAGUAAUUGUUUUUAAUCCCAACCCUACAUCAUUGCAUAAAUUGUGCCAUCUAUAAUUUACUGUUUCAAUAGAUUUUGUGUUGAACACUGUGUAAAUAAAUAUUAUCAAUCAUUUGUCUCAUCUCUUUCAGUUAUGCUAUAGAGGGUGAAAAAACCCUCAGCCAAAAUGAACCAAGUUAUUCUUUGCUGGUAUUUCCUUCCAGAUGUACUUGGGAGGUUUCUGGACUUCCACCAUCAGUAUCAACAUCACUUUGGAGGAGAAAACAUCUUCACUGCUUUCAUCAGCUUAUCACCACCACCAAGUGAUGUAAUUUUACACCAUUAUGGGUGUGUUUUCUUCAAUCAUCUUAACUUUUAGUGAUUUGAAUGUGUCCACCUAUUUUGAUGAUGGCAGCUGAUGUGAAUGGUUCACACAAAAUCUGUGUAUGUGUGUUUUUUACUGAUCACUAUUAGUGAUCACACAGCGGCUCUGAAAUUAUGAAGUUGUUUCCAUAAGUCUUGCUGUAAUAAUUGUAAGAUUUUGCUUGACACCCUAAGACCUCUGCUUGUGCUUUUUCCUUCCCCCUUUAAAGAGGGCCAUAAUGACAGAUGACUUUGUACACUUCAACAUUUAUGUGUGCAUGUAUACAUAAAACAUCAUUAAGUCUCUUUGCCAUACACAGAAUGUCUUAGCAACUUAAAAAUACUAGUUUAUGGGUUUAUUCAAAUGUGCAUCCAUUAAAAACACGCAAAAUAAGUUUUUAUUGUUUUGGCCGACUUGAAGAUAAUGUCUAACUUUAUAAGUUAGUUUAUUAGCAAUUCUGAAUAAACUGUAAAGUAAAAUUUGCAAGUUGAACUAUUGAGGGAAUGAAUAUAGAACUUAUUUUGUCUUUGGUGGUUGUCUUGACUAAACUCAUUGAACUCAAAGGUAUUCUUUUAAAUCCACAUUUGUUUGCUAGAUAAUUUCCUUUUCCUUUGAUAUUAUAAUCCCCUCUACUACCUAACCCAAAAGUAUUAAAUAACUUCAAGAAAUAUGAAAUAAUUUUAUACUCUGGUUCCAUUUAGUCAACUUUUCUGAUUUUUAGUUCAUUAAGUCUCUUGAUGUUCAAACAUUAUUUAAAUGAAGGCCGCAGAAGGGAAAAUAAAAACCAUGAAACUGCCUUUAUAGUUACAAGUAUAAAAAUAUUCCUAUUCCUUCUUGCCAGCACAUUUGACAGGAAUAAAGAAGAGAAACAAAAAGUGUGUAACUUGCAGCAUUGUGAAAGGAGCUC